UAACACUGUUUGGCGCUUUACUUUGCGUUUUCAGCGAACAAGAUAUAAAGUUUCCGGGCCGUGUUUGUGUCAAUUAUUAAAAUUAGAAUCGAAUUUUCUUUGAUUUAAAUUGAAACAUUUUCUCGAAACAAGAAUCCUAUCAGAUAGUUAAGGAAACGCGUCACAUUGACGAUAAAAUAGUUUAACUGUUGAAAUAUACGCUAAGGCGGUUGAAGGAGCAAGUAAAUAUUGUCUCUAACCUCAAACCAUAGAACCUCAUUGAUAAUAAACACGAUUCUACGAUGUUCCAACAAAUUCUUAAAUUGUCAAACGGCAAGAUUAGAAAGGAAGCAAAGCCAUCUCAAUCUGCAGAAAUCAAAAGGACGAAGCGAAAACAGUCGACCGAUGGUAAUGUUGUCAUCAGUGCAGACGAAUCGAAAUCGAAAAGGAUGAAACUAAUUCAAGUCAAGAAAAUUAAUGGUAAAGGACGUCCCAAAAAGGCAAUCAAUGCAUCUGAUUGGCCUAACCAUAAUGAGUUUCAGGUCACACAUCACGCGUCACCGAAAAUAUGGGACAUGUUUGAAAGAUUCCAAAACUUUGCACAACGAAGAGUUUUGAAGAGACACCCAUCUGGUCUGUUGGAAACCAGUGUCGACGAGACUACGCAGAAACAUCCAAAAUCAAAGAAUCAAUUGGAUAACGACCAGAAUAUGAAACGGAGCAGUGAACGAACUUCUAACCAGUCAAGCGAACCGUUUCCAGUGAGUGAUGAUAAAAAUGAAUCAUCGAUUGGUGGCGACAGGAAGAGAAGGUGUGUUGAAAUAAGUGACUAUGAGGACGAGCUGAAGUGUCCUGGCCAAAGGGUACCACAACCAGCUAGUGCCUUUAAGCCGAAAUGUUUGAAUUUUGACAAUGUUGAGGAUUCAUAAGUUAGAUGUUUGUGAACGUAAUUUCAAGUUAGCAGUGCUCUAGUAUAGGCGAAAAGGAGAAUAAUUGGUCAUGCCAUGAGUGACAUAUUAAUGUAAAUUUUACCAGGCUACGGCUGUUUUAUGACAAUAAAUUUCAUUUUGCAUUUA